AUGUUCAGUGAUCUUCCCGUGGAACUGCUGCAGUAUAUCUUUAUGCUACUUUCACCAUGUACAGACCUAUUGACAGUUCUGAGUGUCUGCAAACGAUGGAGAGAUGUUGGUCGCAGUGUAUUCCGACUUCGCGAAAGUCUCACUCUCUCAGCAUUCAAAAUGCAAAGCCCUUUACAAUGGAUGUCCCCGAAUCUACGUUUCACUGCAGAAAAAUCAAAGUAUACUGCCCCGUCCAAAAGGUUCGGGGCUACAAUUUUGGUGAGAGGCCAGCUAGUGUAUGUCUUUGGGGGCGCUACUAGAGAAUUAACUGCGUUUAAUGAUUUGUGGACCUUCGAUUUAUCCACUCAUAAUUGGAAGCGGAUUGUUGGUAAAGGUGAGCUUCCAACUCCGAGAGCUCAUGCUAAAGGAGGUUUCAUCGGAAACUCACUCUAUUUGUAUGGAGGUUGUCAAAGCUUCCACAGACCAGGAUCAGAACAUACGGGUCAUAUGGAUUGGUUAACAGAACUGAAUAGCUUUGAUCUCUCAACAUUUCGUUGGUCACGCUUACCGAUAUUCGAAGUCAAUCAUUUAAGUCCUGUUCCACCACCUGCAUUUGCCGGUCAAUCUGGAUGUUUUCUUCCUAAAGGUGGCGUAGGUGAACCCAGUGUGUUAGUUUUGUUCGGAGGGAUAUCUCAGUAUCUCGGGUCCUGUGUUAGUCAUUUAUAUGUUGUAUCUCCAGAAAAUGGUUGCUGGAUUUCAGUUUCUGAUGCGGCUAAAAAUAGUGUGGGAGAAUGGCCGUCUGGUCGUUGCGGUCAUUCAACAUCUGCUCUUGAUUCAAAUCGAAUGCUUCUAAUGUUUGGAAAUUUAGAGUCACCUUUGGCUACUGAUCAACCUGGACGUCGUCAACAAAUGGUGAAUGCUAAUCAUGAUUCAGAUGUGUACGAUUCAGAAUUUUCGCCUUAUACAUCCAUUUAUCGUGGUAGACCAUCAGGGGAUAUAUGGAUACUUACACGGUGUUCACCUAAUACUCAACAAGAUUGGUAUGAAGUGGAUUGGUUCUGGACUAAGGUUGAAUGUUCUCAAGGCAUCCCUGGAUGCCCACCAAUAGACUUUUAUCAUGCAACUGCAGUCUCACUUCCUUAUCGUGAAGUAAAUAAACCAUAUGUGUCAACAGAAAAUCGUGAUUUUAUCCAAACCAAUAGCUGUUAUUCAGACAAUCGAAUGGAAAAUGUGUUUACAGUUGCUAUCAUCAGUCAACCUACUGCAGCGUUAUUAGAUGAGGCAGCUAAACAACGCAAAUAUUGGCAACGUAUCAAAAUGAGCUCUGAAUUGACCAGUACCAGUUAUCGAAAAAACGCAACUGAUCAGAUAUCUGGUAUGCCAGCAGAUGAUGGUAAUGAGAAAGAAGAUUUACUGCAGAAACCUUGUCAUUUGGCUGAUAUCAAUCCUCAGGUAUUUCAUUCUGAUCGACUGCUUAGUCUUCCAUCAUCCAGGCGUUCAAAUAACAGACGUGCUCGAAGACUAGAAGCCUUAGCUAAUCAAGAGCGAAAACUCUUCGGAUCACGUAAUCCAUAUUCAUCAGGUGAAAAUAAUAUUCAUUCCAUUCGAUCACACCCAUCAAACCAUGUUGCAUCCAGUCAUAACAUAUGUACUUCAGAUUCUGUGAAAUCGAAUAGUGCUUCUCAUCCUCUAGCUGUUUAUUCACUUAGUAUUACCUGCUGUUACACAGAUAAUUCAAUUGAUUCUAAAGGCAAAUUUAACCAUAAUGGAUGUACAGCAAAAGGUGUUUGGCUGGUUCCCCUUAAACAGAAUUAUUUGGAUCUUUAUUUUGCUCCUCCAGAGUGUUUAGGAUUUUCAUGUACAUUUGGACACGACUGUUUAUUUCUUUUUGGUGGUCUUACUGGCUCAGAUGAUAUUAAACCAGAUGAAGAUGUGAAUUCGCCUUCAACAGCAACCAAUGUAUCAAUAAGUCGAAAUAACACUGAACAUAACCGCCGAGCUAAUAACUUGUCUACUUCUUCAUCAUCCAGGUCUUCUUUAGUAAAUGGAUCGCUUACACAAGGCUAUAUUACCUCUCGUUUAAAUUCAACAGAUACAGUUCACCCUAAUCCUUUAGGUAUCGCUCAGUUUUUUAUUCUGAGUGCUCGUUCACUUGCUGGGACGAUAGUUUAA